AUGCAGGUCACUGAUUUGCUCCAAGUAUCAGCUACUGCGAGCCAUGUGUCCUAUCAUCGAGGUUAAAGCGUCGGCUCUUCUGUACGAGAUAACCGAGAGAACGAAUAAAUUGGCGCAACCACGGCUACGAAGCGACGGCUUGGUUGAGGAUAAGUCGAAGGUGUACAAUACAUCGUUGAUUCCCAAAGCCUCACCGAGGAUCAUACAGUUGGCCAAACCUAGAGUUUUCUAUCAUAGCCCCGUGAAGAAGCUUGGUUACGUCUCCCCAGGAGCUCUCACUGCCAUUGCCACUCAACGCAUAAUUGAGUUGUCCAAGCCAAAGAAGAAGCGACGAGUGAAAGGGUCGAAAAAAAGGAAACCAACAUCGUAUAAAGAAAAAUCGUCUCGGUAUGUAUGAAAGGUUAAAAUUCUGAGAUGAAAGUUCGUUUUCCACUUUUCUUUACGAUCAUUAUGAACGAAGAAGUUAUUAACGAAAAUGUGUGGUAGCCUCACUCCUGACACGCAAUUGAACCAUAUUUUUUCGUUAAUAAUGAUUGUAGAAAAAAGUAAAAUAGGAAUAUUUUACUCAAAAUUUCA